CGUCGGGCGGAAAUGACGGAACUAUACUGCUUUCGAAAACACAGGCGGGGAAGCGGUGGGCAGCUAAACUAAGGAUGUAAGUUGCAUGCUCGAUGCAAAUAUGCCGACGGAUCAGGUGUGUCUGGGUCGCAAGCGCCCGGUACCUUCAUGCCCAAACCCUCUAUUCCUGCAGUGGUUAACAGAGUUGCGUGACAGCGCCAAAGAGAAAGGCCUGAAAACGCAGUACGUGUAUCAGAAGGCCAUAAACUCUUUGAAAAAAUAUCCUCUGCCGUUGAAAAACGGGAAAGAGGCGAAGAUCCUGCAGAAUUUCGGUGACGGGAUCUGCAAGAUUUUGGACGAGCGACUGCAGAAGCAUUAUAGAGAAAACGGUCAGGGACCUCAAUUUAGUGCAGACGGUUCUGAUGCUCCAAUCCACUUGGCUCCUUCUUUCCAGAGGAGCAACAUGGCUUCCUCCAAACAGAUGGAAGCACCCACAAAUGAACCUUCGGGAAACUUGAGUGAACAUAUGAAGCGAACACAAAGAGAAGUAAGAAAGGAGAAGGGAACUAAGAAAAAGAGAGAGUAUGUGCCGCAGAAGAGGUCUGGAGGUUACGCUGUACUGCUCACUUUGUAUAGACACGCACAGAUGCCUGGCAGUAAAGGCUUCAUGUUUAGGAAUGAACUACAAACUGAGGCACAACCCUUGUGUGAGAAGUCCUUCACAGUGCCUGAUCUUGGUAGCAAGUACACUGCAUGGUCCUCGGUGAGCACACUCAUUCAGAAAGACCUUCUGGUGAAGACACACAAUCCUGCCAGGUAUUCAUUGACCGAUCAGGGUCUGGCUCUAGCCGAGAAGCUGGAUUCUGAAGAGACGGGGAUGGAUAAAGAACAUGUGGAGCAAAUGAGUGAAGAGGAGCAUGCUCGGGAUGGACCAGAUGUCGUAGACCUGACUUUAGAGGAGGAGGAGGAGCAGCAGGAAGAAAAAGAGCGUUGUCGGUCCAGCAAGUCUUUAGAAAGGCCUGUCCCAGCUCUUUCUGUAAACCAGGCCAGAGGUCAGAUCUCUGAAUCAGAUGCCGCGGGAAAACCUCAGACCCUAGAGACGGGGAGAGCAGCAAUGGGUUGGCAUCUUCCACCUGGCUCUUAUGAGAUUGUGUUGUGUGUCGACGUCAUCGAAACAACAGGGGGAAGCAGUGGUCGCAAACAAGAAUUGGUUAAGGAAUUGCAAAGGAAUUGUGUGACCUUUGACAUCAGGAAACUGAAUGUGGGCGAUUUUCUUUGGGUGGCACGUGAGAAAGUGACACCUGUUCCUGGACAGCUUCGUCCACCUGUGGGGAAAGAGUUGGUGCUUGAUUACAUAAUUGAGAGGAAGAGGAUGGAUGAUCUGUGUGGAAGCAUUAUAGAUGGACGCUUCAGAGAGCAAAAGUUUCGACUGAAGAGGUGUGGUCUGCGUAAGCCCAUUUAUCUGGUGGAGGAGUGCGGAUCAGCGGCGGCUCAUCUCAGUAUACCUGAGAGUACAUUACAACAAGCAAUAGCCAAUACACAGGUGGUUGACGGCUUCUUUGUGAAGCGUGUACAGGAUGUGAAAGAGUCUGCUGCUUACCUCACCAUCAUGACCAGAUACCUCCAGAAACUCUACCAUAAUUGCACGUUAUUCUGUCGCUCCAGAGAACUGGAGGGCGAUGGAGGAGAUGAGAGUGAGCAAACGGAAAACCUUUCUUGUUCUCUCAUGACCUUCACAGAAUUUAACUAUGGGGCUAUUAAGAACAAGUGCCAGACAGUGCGAGAAGUGUUUGCACGACAGCUUAUGCAGAUCAGUGGAGUCUCUGGUGAUAAAGCAGCCGCUGUUCUUGAGCACUACAGCACAGUCAGCAGUUUAUUGCAAGCAUAUGAUCAGUGCUCCAGUGAAUCAGAAAAAGAGAAGCUGCUUUCAUCCAUCAAAUAUGGAAAACUCAAAAGGAAUCUCGGACCAGCCUUGAGCCGCACUAUAUAUCAGCUUUACUGUACGCAUGGACCUCUGUCAUAGGCUUUCGCCUUUAUGACAAAUACAAAUGUGUGCAGCAUUUCAGUUUAAUCGUAUUUUCAUUUUCAUUCUGUACAUUUUUUUGACUCUCAGAUAAUGUUUAAAGUAAUAAAGAUAUAAAUUACAGUUGUUCAAA